ACUCAGUUGAAAAACUAAUCUCGUCAGAGUCAGUCGAAUUAAUUCGUCGUGCGCAAAAAGUGGAAUUUCGAAAAUUCAGUUUUCUUUUAAAGUUACAUUUUUAUUUUGACCGAUAAAAAAAAUAAAAAAUAUGUCACUGUGGAAAAUGUACAAUCCUUAUUGCAUCGUGUAUCCAGAACUAAGCAUUCCUCGCAUGCAUCAAAGCAAUCGCCACAGCAAGCGGGCCAGAGGCGUCUUGAAGCACUUCAACGAAGCAGAUGGAGCAGCUGGCGAUGGUUGGCUUGAUUUGUCGUUCGACGUUCAGCAGGGCAAAGAUGCCUUCCAGGUCUGCAUGGAUGUGAGUCAGUUCACUCCCAACGAACUCACUGUCAAGGUGGUGGACAACUCCAUUGUCGUCGAGGCCAAGCACGAGGAACGCGAGGAUGAUCAUGGCUACAUCUCACGGCACAUUGUGCGUCGCUAUUCCUUGCCAGAGGGCUACGAGGCUGACAAGGUGGUGUCCUCGCUGUCCUCGGACGGAGUGCUCACUGUACGUGCACCCAAGCCGCUGGCUAUAGAGUCCAAGGAGCGUGUGGUGCAGAUUCAGCAGGUUGGACCGGCUCAUCUGAAUGUGAAGCACAACGAGGCCAACAACGAUGCACCGGAGAAGCCAAAGGAGAAUCUCCCGGCUACCAAGACUGCCUAAGCUAGUCAUAUAAUAAUUCCUCAUUGUCAAAAAUAGUAUUAAAACCAAGACAUUAAUUAAUGUUAUAGUAUAAACAAAAGGCUGUUAACGAAUAAAACCUCAGUUCAAAGACAAUUAAAUAA